CCGUCAUACCGUGAUUUUAAUUUUUCAGAUUCCAAUCCUAACGAACAAAAUUGAUUUGUUCAGAUCCAAGCCAACUUCGUUAAGAAAUUCUUUCAUUUGACAAUAUACUGACAAAGUACUUAAACCUCACAUCACCAAUAGAGAUUUGCAUGUAACAGCAAAUUUGAAAAUAAAAAUAAAUAAACAAUUUUCUUGUGCAAAGUGCUAAGAGUGCAUGUGAAGGUUUUUGUUGAUAUUUUCCUUCGAAUUGUUUGAUGAUGUAGCGGAACGUUGAUUUAAUGAAAUCAGUUCGUUGUAAAACCGAAAGGUUGAACAUCGAUAAUUGACUCGCAUUGCUGUGUUAAGCUUACUGAAUUAUUUUGAUUAUAAUCAAUUUCUUUGACUUUGACUUUGCAUGUGCAGCAUUUUUUUUUCUUUUAUAGUACUUUAAACUAGUAGCGAUUAGCUUUCGGUGUGUGAUGAGUGCGACGUUCUUUUACGUUUUAUUUGUCUUGUAUAGUUUCACUUCUGGAACUUACAAGACAAAAAGGCAAAUUUGGUACGCACCUGUAGAGUGCGGUCAAACAAACGCUGGAGUGAUUUGUGAUGUUCCCAAAACGGUGAUUACUCCGCACACCGUUUAUAAUCAAGGAUUACCUUCUUGGUAUCCACGAAUACAACGACCACCAACAGAUACAAUUCUUGGCAGCCCUAUCGAUCCAAACACAUUGAGACGGUGUCAACCUGAUCAAUUUCAAUGUUCAUCGCCACUACAAUGCUUUGAAUCGACAGCGCAUUGUGAUGGUAUAGUCCACUGCGUUGACGGAAGCGACGAAGCAAAUUGUACAUGCACUGAAAAAAUUGAUCGAAGUAGGAUCUGUGACAAUUAUAUCGAUUGUCCAGAUGGAAUUGAUGAAGUUGGAUGCUUCGGAUGUGAACAUAAUUUGUACUCAUGUCAUUAUAACGAGGAAGAAUUCAUCAACAACUCCAAUCAGUCGAAGUGUUACACCGAUGCUGAGAUAUGCGACGGAACGCGAUACUGUUCUAAUGGUAAAGAUGAAGAUCAGUGUCUAUUGUUGGUAUCCAAAAAAACAUCAAAACCAGAACCAUUCGUGAGAAGCACCGAUGGAUAUCUAUACAUAAAUGACGAAAACAAAUGGUAUCCGGUGUGUGUGGACCUAUUCAACUGGACAAGACGUGUUUGUCUAAAUGAGCAGGGCUUUGAGUUAAGUAAUGACCCAACUACAUCGUACGAGCAGUCCAACUAUAAAGGCAAAUACAUGACGAGUGUAAAACUGUUGGGUGGCGCUGCAAAAGAAAUAGUUGACAAUUGUUCUAUACCCGGAGUGGAAUCUGCCAAUGCUAUUCUCCGUGUAAAAUGUCCUGAUGUCUGCGGGAAACCGUUCCGUAUCGAAAAUAACAUUCACCAAAACCUUGACCAAAACAUGAGAAUUGCCGGUGGCGAAGAAGCAACAUCUGGUUCACAUCCUUGGCUGGUAAGCUUACACCUGAACGGAACGUUCGUAUGCGGAGGUAGUAUCAUCGAACAAAAAUGGAUCUUAACAGCAGCUCAUUGCUUGUUAGUGAAUAUGAAAAGGAAUGUAGGGCAAUAUGAUUAUAUGGACAUAAGAGCGGGAAUUCUUCGUCAAAAUAGCUUCUCACCGCACGAGCAAGCUGUCCGCGUCGUGAAAGUCUACAUACAUAGUGGCUUCGAUUUGAAAACCCUUGGAAGUGAUAUCGCUCUCUUAGAACUCGCUGAACCGUUACGAUACAAUCGUUGGGUUCGCCCCAUUUGCUUGCCAACACAAGGAAUGAUCAUCAAUGAUAGCGUUCAUGAUUGGACAAAGAAUUAUGGAAACAUGACUUGUUUAGCAGCAGGCUGGGGCUCAUUUACGUAUCGAGGACAAAUUCCAGUUGACAAUGUUAAUGAAGUACAAUUGUCAAUAGUCCGAGUUUGUGAUCCAACCAAUCCUACUGUUUUUUGCGCUGGAUACACGAGAGGUGGAUUUGACACCUGCUACGCCGAUUCCGGUGGACCAUUUGUAUGUACGAGUGACACAAAUCGCACAAAUUAUUUUUUGGCUGGUAUCACCAGUUACGGCUACAACCCUACUUUAUCAGACAAAGAAAUGGUGCGAUGUGGAGAGCCAGAUUCUUAUACGGCUUUCACGCGAAUGACAAUGUUCAGUGCGUAUAUAGACGAAAUGAAAAUGUAUGCAAGUGGUUCAGUGGCUUUACGUGGCAAGUGCCCGGGAAGACGAUGCAGGUCCAAUAGACGAUGCGUUCGAGCACUUGAUGGCAUAGUCGACUGUCUAGCGGAGAGCAAGUGGCUGGAACAACAUUAGGACGGAUUUUUCUUACACUACAACCGAAACCACAUCACCAUCAACAAACCACAAUAGCCCGGCGUAUCAUCAAUACAUCCAUCAUCAUCAUCACCAACAAAAAGACAAUAGUUGUUAGAAGGGUGCAGCACAAUGGGCCCAACGAAGAUGGCCUCAGUGCUAUAUUCUAGUAUUAUAUUUUCCCUUUGAUAUGUAAUUACGAAUAUGCUCUUAAAUAAAACCAACCAACCAUCCCAUUUACGUGCAGGGACUCGAUCUACCGGAUAGAGGUUAGGAUAAAAAAAAAUUAG